AUGCCUGCGCUGUCGGCAGCGGAAGACCAGAUUGACAAGAUUGGCGAGCCGAUGAAGGCUCCGUGCGCGUCAUGCCAUGUCUCCGGCAGCGACUGCGUUCUCACCAAGUCCCGGCGUGGAGGGAAUUUUCGGCAUCGGCAGAAGGCUGGCUUGAUCUCGAGCAACAGCAAUGGGACGUCAAAUGCUGCGAGAGAGAUCUUUGACCCUCCAGUUGGGCGGUCAUGCGGUACUUCCAGUGCAGCUGAGUGUCCUUCUGAUGGCGAGGAUAGUGCUGCGGAGGAGUCUGGCGAUGUGUUGAAUAUGGAGCUGCGGAAUCCGUCUGAUGCGCUGCAGAUUCUGGCUUUAUCUGGAGAGAAUCAACGGGGUGAACCUCGACAGUCAAAUAUAUCUGACUCUAAUAUCGCGGGCUGUAAUAACCGGGGCUUGAACUCGGCAGGCAAUACUCGGUCUGCCGAUACCCAGUCUAAGGGCCCAACCACGAUAUUCGAUGACUAUGAGCUGGUCCAAAGAGGGCUAAUCCGGCCAGGCAUUUUAUAUGAAUUACUCCAUAGAUACUCCCACUACUACCAUCCAUACUGCCCGAUUGUCCCAUCGUACUUCCUCUCGUCAUCGAAUACAAAGAUCCAACGAACAGAUUACUUCCUCCUCACUGCGAUCUUAACCAUUGCGUCAAGGGAUGAUGCUCGCCAUUCACUCACCCAUCGCUACUGCUGGGACCAUGCCCAGCGUCUGCUAAUCGAUGUCCUGCUUUCGCAUCCGUGGACGCAGACUCCACGAACUGUGGAAGGUUUACUGCUGCUGGCCGAGUGGUUGCCACAUAUUCAGGUUCAGGAAACUGCAUCUGAAUCCUCAAAGAACCUCUUUAGCGAGGACAGGACCGCCUGGUCUCUCGUCGGUCUAGCAGUGCGACACGGCUAUCUACAGCGUCUGGAUCAGGGUGCUUUUCGCAGUAAUACCAGCACUAUCUCAAAAGAGCGCGCGGAGCGAAAUAGACUUGUCUGGGCUUAUAUCUGGGUAGCAGACCGACAAAUAUCAGUACGGAUGGGCCAGUCGUUCUGGUCUCGAGGCCCGUCAAACGGCGCGAGAUUCGUCGCCCAGGACUUCCCUACUCUACAGCCUCGUCCUGAGACGAAUAACGAGGAUUAUGCAUCUGUUUUGCAAGCUACAACGGAGCUGAUUCAAAUUCUGCACAAUGCCCAUGCCAUUCUAUAUGCGUCCAAGGACCGGACCCUCGCUAUGAUCUAUGAUGGACAGUAUUCGAGAUAUCUAGACGACUUCAGGGCUGCUGCUAGAACAUGGCAUUCCGCCUGGUCGCAUAUCGCUGUGUCUGCGAAGGUCCAAACAACGCUGCUCAUUAUGUAUGAGUAUAUCUGUCUGUAUACAAACGCGUUCUCCUUCCAGGCGGUUAUUACGAGAGCGGCAGAUCCACGCAUGUCUUCGCACAAGGAACAGCAACAGCAAAACAAGAGGCCAUUUGCAGAACUUCUAUCACACGGGAUUAUGUCCUCCCCUGAUGGAAGGUUCAUCUUUGACGCCUUCAGCGCUGCCAGGAACUUGCUUUCCCUAAUGAACAGUCUUGAUCCGCAGGAUGUACUCUGCUAUUUGCCGUCACGGUACUACUUAUACGGAGUCUACGCCGCCGUCCUCCUCCACAAAGCCGACUGCGCCGGCGCAUUCCAGCUAGGGAAUCAGCGCCAGGAAAUCAUCUCCCUAGUACGGGACUUCAUCUCCGUCCUCGAGAAAGCGCCAUCAACGGAAUCACAUAUCUGCCACAGCUACAGCCGCAUGCUCAAACAGCUCUGGACAAGGCGGGAAAGACGACACUCGAAGUCUACCCGGAAGCGCGGACAUACCGCGGAAGUCAACGCCAUGUUACAAAACCAGCAGCAGCAGUUACAAGGUACCCAGAAAAGCCCAGCCGCGACAUCGAUAUCGAAUUCGCAUUCCACACCCGAGGACUUCAGUCUGCAGCAGCAUAUCUUCGACCCGGUUGCUGUUGAGAAUGAUCUCGCGGCGUUUCCUUCCAUUGAGGGGUACUUCCAGGGCUCGUUUAUGCCUGGGGUUGCGGACUUUGGCUCGCCGUUUGAUGGGGCUUUGGGGUCGCAGGGGAUGCUGUCAGGAGGGUUUCAGGAUUGGGAUUUGGGGCAGGCUGGGCUGGAUCCUUCGGGGGGUUUAUAA